CUGCUGUGUCAACAUAUGGCUUUCAAACUAGCAACACCAGUAUACUCUCUCUUUCUUGUCUGCCCUCUCUAAUUAAUUCUGUCUUUUUUCCUCUCUAAUAUUAAAUCAUCAAACACGUUUUAAACCACAUUAACCACAGGCCUUUAGGUAAGACAGCUUUUAAACACAGGUUAUACAAAUACAAUUACUUUAUCUGGCACGCAUUAGGAUUAUACCAAAACUGGCUGAGGUAAGGUGCAGAUUUAUUGAUAUCUUGAUAAUUUUCCCUCCAUCCUUUAGAUAACUGUUUCCACCUCUUGCAAGAGAGUAAACUAGCGAGUAAACUGUAAACGUUUCUGUUUUCACAGGAAAGGCCAACCUUCAAUUGUCCUCAGAUGUUUGCACAUCAUUCAGUCCAAAACACCACACUGUAAAGAGAGCCUGGCUGAAGACAGAGCUAAAGACAACAUAUUCUGCAAACUGACUUGCCUUAUCUUUUACAGAUGUGAAAUAAAAUCUAUACUUGGGCCAAUGCAAACAGGAUAAUGUCUUGCUGCUGUUCAGAUUCGUCGUGUUCCUGGGAACCUAUUAGAUCACGGAAUGUUAUUAGAGGUGAAACUGCCACCGGGGACGUGAGACGCCUCGUGGACGAGGACAACCAAACUGAAUCGACGGAGGAGAGGAGCAGAAUGGAUAUAGCUUUGCUCAGAGAACAGUACCGUUGCACCAGAGAAAAGCAAAAGCGACAAACUCAGGUGGUUUUAUUUAGACAAGCCCCAGUAGUGGAGACAGAUGGUUGCUCCAUGGUCAGUGUGGUCCCCUUUAGCCACGGGAGUGGGGAGGACUCCCCUGAGAGGUGGGGGCUCCCAAACCAGGACUCCCAGCCUCCCUCCUCUGUCCACAUGGAGAAGGGCCCCUGGCACUCACACCUAGGCAUGCACAGACGGACCUGCCUGGUCAACAACGCCCCCAUGCCACAAACCACCUUCAAUCCUAGCUGUCCGAGCGUUGUCUCUUCCACGCCCUGUUCCUCCCCGUCCCCCCUGUCAGAGGGUCAGUCCCGGGGCUCGGCUGGGGAGCUGACUCCCUCUGGGGCUUCAACCUCUGGAUCUUCCGAAGAGCUGGACAGCGGGGUGUCAGGGGGAUCCAGCAGGAAGUCCUCUGCUCCGGCUGUCCUGUCCAGGCAGCUGAGCUUCGGCAGCCAUCAUUCUCGGGGUGGUGGGGCCCACCCCCUCGGCCCCUCCUCUUCUUCCCCCCACCAUUACCCCUUCCCACAGAGGAAGACACUAACCAAGUCUGAGGCAGCUAAAAGGCUGGGAUUGUACUCUUCCUUUUAGCCCCGCUCACCAGAGAAUUCUACCUGCUGGGAAGACCGUAUAAGGGGAGAACUCCAGUGGAAGACCGUGUGGCGAAGCACCUUAUGUAACUGUAUGCAUAUAUGUGUAUAUAAAUGUAGGUAUAUAUAUGUAUGAAUGCACUUGCUCUAUAGAUCAAUACUAUAUAAAUUGGACUAGCCAUUGUCUGUAGCUGGUAGGUUCCAAUGUAGCUGUCUCUAUGAUGUGUCAUGUGAUUACCUAGGCUUGUUGGAUGUUGUCAUAUGAUUCAAACAGGUUCUCAUAGGAAUAAAUCCAUGUAUUACAACUGUACGUUUCACACUUAACCUCCAUUAAAGGACUGAACUGUGACCUAUGACCUCUGGAC